GACACUUCGUCUUCCAUUUUAGCUGUCAUAAACCCUAAAAAUCCCAUCUUUUUCAAACCUUUCGACCUCGAUUCGUAGCUAUGGAGUUCUGGGGAAUUGAAGUUAAACCAGGAAAGCCAGUUACAGUGGAAACUGAACAUGACAGACUUAUCCACGUUUCUCAGGCAUCUCUUGGAGAAUGUAAAAACAAGAAGGAAGAGACUGUGGCUGUACAUGUAAAGUUUGGCGACAAGAAACUUUUAUUGGGAACCCUUUCAACUGUGAACAUCCCUCAGAUUUUCUGUGAUUUGGUAUUCCAGAAUGAUUUUGAGAUUUCCCACAAUGGAAAUGGAAGUGUCCACUUUGUUGGAUACACAUCUCCCAACUGUGCUGAUGAAUAUCCUUUAUGAUGAUGUUUAUAUUAUCCUUUUUGAAUGU